CUCUCUUGGAAACAAAGGAGAAAAAAGGAAGCUUGUCCAUGGGGAUCAUUUCUACAACCUUCAGAGGCUUAAUUCUACUAAUUUUUUGAGUUUUUAAGGAGGAAAAAAAAAACAUUUUUCUCUCAUUAUUUGAGUGUUGAAAAUUUGAAUGUUCUUCAUCAUCUUUUUCCUCCUACAUUGUUUGAAUUUCAUCUAUUCAUUUAUUGUUGCUGCUCAACAAUUUUUUUCUUCAGAAAAAUCUUGGUUUCUAAUUUUCAUAACCAACAAAGGUGCAUUUUUUAUUAGAACUUGUUAUUAUAAUUGGUUGCAAAUGCAAUCAGGGGAAUGUCCUGUUGUGGCUCCUCAUUUCCCCCCCGGGAAACUCUCUACAUUUGAGGAAAAUGACAUGCAUGAAACCGGAAAAACAUCCUCCAUAAUAGUAUCAAAAAGUUCUAAUGCAAGUGCAACAAAAGGCUCCAGAGUUCACAAUUCAUGUGGGGUGGCGGACAACUUUGUAAUAAUGACAGCCCUCAGGAGCAAGACCCUCACCUUGAGAGACUUGCUUGACCUAUCGCCUUGUUUUGGCUCUGCAUCUGUAAAUGAGCUACUGAUAUUGACCUUGAAGGAUCUACAUAAAAUGUACCCUUCCAUCACUCCGGAUAUUCCAUUGUCCAAUAUUGAUGGAGCAGGAAUGGAUCAGGCACUACAAUGCUUUUGUGAUACUCUAAAAUCAAUCGGGGCAAUAUGGACGCGUGAUGAUGAAUUCAUAAUGAGAUUGAAUGAGGAAUACAGUCAACUACAUAACGAUCUAAGGCGUUAUGGAUUGGUAUUGCUUGAUGAGAUGAUUAAGCUAGCCACUGAAAGGGUGUUUGAUUUGAUGGACGAGGAUGACCAGACAAGAGAUGAAAGUUCUCCAUCGGACGCAUUAGGCAGGGCUCAGUCGGAGACUCACUCGAGCAACGGGUCCUCCCUCUCAAGCCCUCCACCUACGCCAACUUCAGUCCUCUCCGAGCUAGUAACUAGUGCUUCACAGAAGAGUAAACUCAAGGUUCAAGAAACUGAGAAGCUGAACCCUAUUGAUGUACAACGCCUCUAUUUCAACUUGCUCCCUUAUGCAAUAGCUCAAGAUCCAAAUUAUGUUGUUCAGCUAACAACCAACUUUAGUGAACAAAAAUCAGAAAUACAAGCAAAGCUAGGUUCUGAAGUGAAAGCAGGGGAUGAUUAUGAAUUUGGCCAAGAUUUUGAAAUGCUGGACUCACCAGAUAUUCUACUCGCUGAUAUGGACAAUGUAUCAGAAAAUAGAGGAACAUCCACAUUAUCUUCAAAUGUCAUAAAGUCACCACCUUUGACAUCAAGAAACAUAGUAACACCUCCGUCUCCACCCCCACCACCACCAAUGACAUCAAGAAACAUAGUAACACCUCCGCCUCCACCCCCACCGCAUCCCAUGAUGGCGCCUGAACCACCUACGUCGCCACCAAAGGCAACAACAAAUAUAGUAACAACACUUCCACCUCCACCACCUCCCAUGACAUCCAGAAAUGUAAUAGCACCUCCGUCUCCACCACCACCCCCAUCACAUCCCAUGAUGGUGCCUCCACCACCUCCAUCACAACCUAAGACAACAGAAAAUAUAAUAACACUUCCACCUCCUCCACCCCCGCCUCCAUCGCAACCUAAGACAACGACAAAAAUAAUAACACUUCCACCUCCUCCACCGCCACCUCCAUCGCUACCUAAGACAAAAACAAAUAUACUAACACUUCCACCUCCUCCACCACCACCUAAGACAACAACAAAUAUAAUAACACUUCCACCUCCUCCACCACCACCUUCAUCGCCACUCAAGACAACAUCAAAUAUAAUAACAGUCCCACCUCCUCCACCGCCACCUCCAUCGCCACUUAAUACAACAUCAAAUAUAAUAACAAUUCCACCUCCUCCACCGCCACCUCCAUCGCCACCUAAGAAAACAACAAAUAUAGUAACACUUCCACCUCAUCCACCGCCACCUCCCAUGACAUCCAGAAGUGUAAUAUCACCUCCGCCUCCACCACCACCUACCAUCGGAUCAAAGGGUAUGACACCUCCACCCCCACCUCCACCGAUGGCUUCAAAUGGAGGUGUGCCAGCACCACCUCCACCCAUGCCAAUGGGAAAAAGACCUGCACCUCCACCACCACUAGGGUUUAUGGGUGUGUUACGAGUUAAGAGAGCAGCCACUAAAUUGAAAAGAUCAACCCAAAUGGGUAAUCUUUAUCGACUUCUCAAGAACCAACUUGAAGGCUCUAGUUUAGAUAGUAAAUCAUAUCACCGAAUGGGAAAAGUUGGUAACUCAGCAGGAGGUAAACAGGGAAUGGCUGAUGCAUUAGCAGAGAUGACAAAGAGGUCAGCAUAUUUCCAUCAAAUUGAAGAGGAUGUUAAAAAUUACGCUAAAACAAUCAAGGAGAUAAGCACAGCCAUUGCUUCUUUUAAAACUUCAGAUAUGUCCGAGCUCAUUAAAUUCCACGACUAUGUAGAAUCUCACCUUGAGAAAUUAACUGAUGAAUCGCAGGUGCUAGCAAGAUUCGAAGAUUUUCCUACCAAAAAGUUGGAAGAACUGAGGAUGGCAGCAGCAUUAUAUUCCAAGUUAGACACAAUCGCCACUACUCUGAAAAAUUGGCCGAUAGUCUCACCUGUUGGCGAACACCUUGACAAAGCUGAGAGCUACUUUAACAAGAUGAAAGUAGAAAUCGACACACUGGAACGAACAAAAGACGAGGAGGCCAAGAAAUUUAUAAGCCAUAACAUUCAUUUUGAUUUCGGCAUCCUCGUGCGUAUCAAAGAGUUAAUGGUUGACAUUUCCUCAAACUGCAUGGAACUUGUCAUGAAGGAGAGGAGAGAAGAAGAGACAAGGGAAGACAGAAGAGGUGGAUCGAAAAAUGAUGGGCGCAAAAAGGAAUCACGUAAACAGCUAUGGAAGGCCUUCCAGUUCGCGUUCAGAGUCUAUAGUUUUGCAGGUGGGCAAGAUGACCGCGCUGACAAGUUGACAAAGGAAUUGGCUCAAGAGAUCCAAACAUAUCCUAAUCAAUAGACAUAUAGUUAUGCCCAGAGGCAGAUGGAGCUUUUGAACGAUCGGUUUGACAAACUGAACCUAAUAUUUUUGACAACAACAACAACAUACCCAAGAUAAUCCCACCAAGUGUGGUCUGAGGAGGGUAGAGCUUUCGACAUGGAAUAUAAAUAUUUACUGGAAAAAAAAACUAAAAUUCAAGAAAUAUUAGAUUUUAAACGCAUAAUUUUAGAAGUACAGCGAGUUCAGUGGUUAAAAUAUCAAUUUUGUUUAGACUGCUAGUGGAAUUGAGCAAAACUCUAUGCUUAUGAUAUACGUCCCAUCUUAGUAACUGUUUUGUAGCGUGUUAGUAGCAUCAGAUUGUCUAUUCUUUUGUAAUGAAAUUAUAAGAGAGACUUGUAACUUCAGUAUUUGCCUAGUUUCUGCAAGAUAUAUUCUUUUCUA